AUGACGACGAGUGGGGUGUCAUCACCGUCGCAGCACGCCUACGCGAGUUUGCUCAAAGAUGAACAAUGGCGAAAGGUCCUCGCCCAAGAGUUCACCAAGCCGUAUUGGGAUAAACUGGAAAAAUUUUUAGAGAGCGAAGAAAAGGCGCGCGCCAAGAUUUUCCCACCGAAGCAGCAUGUGUUUCGUGCGUUCGAUUCAUGCGCGAUGGAAGACGUUAAGGUGGUGAUCAUCGGUCAAGAUCCCUAUCACGACGAUGGACAAGCGAUGGGAUUGUGCUUUUCCGUGCCGAGGGGCGUCAAGGUACCGUCGAGUUUGCACAAUAUUUAUAAGGAGUUGAAAUCGGAUUUGAACUGUAAGAUCCCGAUGCACGGAGAUUUGGAUAAGUGGGCGAAACAAGGGGUGUUCUUGUUAAACGUGUCUCUCACUGUUCGAGCGCAUCAAGCGAACAGUCACUCCAAGAAGGGUUGGGAAAAUUUCACAGACGCGGCGAUUCGCGAAAUUGCGAAAAAUAGAAAAGGUUUGGUAUUUUUACUGUGGGGAAAGAAUGCGCAAGAGAAGGAAAAGUUGAUCUCUAAGCAAAACAAUCAUUUGAUUCUCAAGUGUCCGCAUCCGUCUGGUUUGUCGGCGCACAGAGGUUUCUUCGGCUCAAAGCACUUUUCUCAGUGCAACAAAUUUAUCGAAUCGAACGGCGGCGAACCAAUCGAUUGGCAAAUCGAGGGACCGUACAGGAAUUAA